UACCCUCGACACCCAAAGUUAUUGAAUUUCCAAGAUGCAAAACCAAGAAUUUUGAUUGGCUGAUUGGAUUUAUCGCCAUAUUUUCAGGGUCUGUGAUUGGUCCUGGAUGGGACAUCCAUACAUCCAUCCCAUUUACGCAGUACAUGCUGUGUUAGCUAGUGAUUGUCAGUUAGUGGCAAAUGUUAGCUACAUUUCCAGUAUUUGAACUUUUAGUUUUGUAACAUUAGCCUUCCCGUGAUGGACUCGCUGCUCUCCAGGCUCUUCUCCUCGGAAAAGGAGGAGCUGUACAUUUUGGACUGCUUGGCUUACUUUAUGGUUUUCAUGGCAGCCUGCACAUUUGUUACUUUGCUUUUUGAAAAUGUCCCAUACGGGCGAUAUGCUAACAUCAAAUAUGGAUUUUUAGUUAAUGCCAGGUUUGCUUGGUUCGUUCAAGAGCUGCCCGCGUUCAUGGUGCCUCUGUGUCUGGUUGUUUGGACGUCUUGUGUGAAAACCUCAUUACUGCCCAACCAGCUGCUCAUUGCUAUGUAUUUCUGCCACUAUGUUCAGAGAUCUUUUGUUUAUCCAUUUUUAAUACGAGGAGGUAAACCAACACCAUUCGCCUCAUUUGCCUUGGCCUUUGUUUUCUGCGUCUAUAAUGGCUACAUGCAGAUCAGGUACCUGAGCCAUUAUGCUGAGUACCCUGCUUACUGGGUUACACAUCCAUGCUUCAUCACAGGGUCUGUGCUGUGGUUGGUCGGUUGGCUGGUGAAUGUGCACUCUGACCACAUCCUGAGGAACCUGAGAAAGCCUGGAGAGACUGGUUAUAAGAUUCCCACAGGUGGAAUGUUUGAAUAUGUGUCUGGAGCCAACUUCUUAGGAGAGAUAAUAGAGUGGGCGGGCUUUGCUCUGGCUGGCCACUCUAUUCACAGUUUAGCUUUCGCCAUCUUUACCACAGUGGUCCUCUCCAGCAGGGCUGUGGCCCACCACAAAUGGUACCUUGCUAAGUUCGAAGACUACCCUAAAAGUAGGAAAGCAGUGAUUCCCUUUCUCUUCUAAAAGCUUUGUGGGUACUGGAAGCCUGAAAAGAAUGAAACAGGUUUUGUGCUUGUAAAUGAUCUCAUCUGAGCCACAAGCAAGCAACAGUUAAAAGCCAUGAAUUUCAUAAGACUUUUACUACACUUUACACUUUGGUAAAAAUAUUUAUGAAGCACAAAUAUACCUCAAACAAACAAACUGAAUGUGCUGGAAGACUUGUGUUUUCCAGAUUGCCAACAUUUAGGAUUUCUCAGGAGGAAAUAAGAUAGUGAAUGGAGCAUACCUCACCAGUAAUACAGUGGAUUUAUGACACUCUGCACCAGCAAUAAACAGUUUUAAGACCCUCGGCUAAUCUGCAUAUUCCCCCAGAUGGAACAUAAACUUGGAAAUGCAAAGCAGACAUUUAAAGUUCUCAUUCAUUCUCGUGAGUCAUCUGGUGAAAAUGCAUCUUUUUCCAUUUGAAUUAAAUAGAUGAAAGAGGGGCCUUGAAUUAAGUCCGGCCUCGUUUCGCUCUGGGUGUCAUCAGAAAGACGUUUCUACUUACCUCAUCGUCUUAAACUCCUGGAAGAGAAGCCACUUUGGAACAAGCUACAUCUCUGUCCUGGAAAGACUGUAACAGGCCGGUCCACGGCCACUGGGCUGCGGGGAAAUCAAAUGGAGAUCGAGCAUGACCCUCAAUAACUCACUCAUGCCUGAAAUGAGAAGAAGAGAGUGUGGCCUACACAUCACUCCUGGCAGGCUGAUGUGAGGAGAGAGAAGAAGAAGAAUGAAGGAAUGAAAGGGAAAAGCACUGAGGAGCACAAAUGAAUGACACCAAAUAGAUGAGGUUGUGUAGGACUGGGAGAAGAGAAGAAAAACUUGGUCUGAAUCAUAACAUCUCUUUUGUUCUGUUGUUUCAAAAUCACUUUUACAAUGAGCUCGGUAAUCAUGUCUGUGCGAGUAAGGACUUUUCUAAGAACCAAUUCUUACUUUGUGAUCCUCCUUUUAAAUGCUUUCAGUAUGUUCAGUGUUGCUCCACUGAGGUUUAGUUCGAAAACAAGUGCAAUUACUUCAUCACUUUGGUAACAAUUUUCACAGCUUAAACUCACUGAAAGUGACAUUGGCUUAUGGCAGGUUGUAUUGAAUUGAAGCUUUCCACAAAGAAUUCACUAAACAUGCCAGGGUUAGUUUUCUCUCCUAACUUCUAUCUCUUUCCGGUGGAUGACAUUUUCCAACACCAAUCGCAGCCAAGGUCACGUCAUGCUGAGUUUUAAAAAUGUGUUGUAUUUGAAAUAAAUUAAUUGUGUCGUUUUUACUCAUGGUUUCAUCAAUAAACAAUAGGACCGUUG